AUGGGUUUCCUAGUGAUGUAAUGGUUGGUUUAUACUCAGUGUAGAGUAUAGAAGCUGGCAGCCUCAGCUAAAUUCGUUUUAGAGAGGUUGAGAAGACAAGUGGACUGUAGGCUGAAGCACAAGCCCUUGGAUAGAUUUAUUCAUCCCAUCUUAUACCAUUCUGCUGGCAGGCUCUCCUUCUGCAUUUCUACACUGAGACCAAGGCUGGUCUGAAAGAAUCUCCAGAAAGCUGCCCAGCCCCAGGAAGGAGAUAAUAAAGAAUCUGGACUUUAACACCUGGCUGUUCUCCUGGUGAUUACUGAACUGAAAAGAAGGCUGCCCCAAAGAGCUUCAGAAAACCGAACCAAGAACAUUACAGCCCCCUGUCCAGGAAAAGAAGGAAACAACAUCUGAGCAGUUAUAAUCAUCGCCUCCCAACAGCCUGCAGAGGACCAAGGCCUGGCCCAAGCAGGGAGCCUGGAACCAGAGGAAAUGGCCCCUGAGAACAGCAGACCCCCAGCCCAGGAGUUGGUGACCUUCAAGGAUGUGGCUGUAGACUUCACCCCUAAAGAGUGGGAUCUGUUGGAUCUGGAUCAAAAAGAACUACACAAGGAGGUCAUGCUGGAGAAUGCCGAGAACUUGAUCUCCCUGGGACUUCCAGUUCCCAGAGAAUAUUUCAUCUCCCAUGUGGAGAGAGGAGGCCUGAGGAACUCCUGUCUUGAUGCAGAAACAUGGUUUGAUAUGAAGGAGAUGACUGCAAAUCUAAAAAUGGUCUCAUGGAAAGACCUUUUUCAAUAUAGUGAAUACAGGGCUAUUCUUGCUAAGCAUAAAAGAAACCACAUUGGAGAGGAACCUUGUGAAUGGAAUACAUACAAAAAAGCUUUAAGAAAAAGUUCCAGUGUUGCUAAAGAUAAGAAUAUACAUCCUGAAGAGAAAACACCUGAGUGUCAUGAAUGUAGUAAAGCAUUUCUUGUAUUCUCUUCCCUUGCCAAGCAUCAGAGAAUCAAUGCUGGAGAGAAACCUUAUGAAUGUAAAGGAAAUGAAAGACUGAAAGCACGAUCUACUCCUGCUAAACAAAGAGAAUCAUGA